AUGUCAAGACCUUUAUUAUUAUUAUUCAUAUAUUUUGCAAUAGCUAUUGCAGAUUUACCAGUAUUAGACUUAGUUGAUGAAGUCUAUGACUCGUGCCCGGUACAUUUCCAUCAUGUAUCUGAAGAUACACAUUAUAAUGUUUAUUCCGCUGAAAUGGUGGGCGACAAUGAGUAUUACUUAUCAAUAGAUUUCGAUUUCACAGAUGAAACAUGCUUGAGUAUGGGAUAUGUCACUAUGGAUAUCAUACAGACAAGUUAUGUUACGCAUUCGGAUAUAAAUAUAGUAGAGUUCUACCCAAAAUUUAGGGUUAAGGUUGAUCUAAGUGCCAACAAGAAUGACUUUGGAAUUCCCCAAAUAUCUGACCUCACAAUUUUGGUUUCCAGAAUCUGUGAUGGUACAAAUUUGUUUUGGAUUUAUACCCCUCGGUCUAUAUUGCUUGAUCAACAGUGUUCCACGCCACAUGUGAAAGAAACAAUCGAAUAUCUGGAAGUGGAAGAAGGAUUGGAUACAUGUUCUGUCAAAGUAGGAAAAGAAAUUUGUGAUACAAUCAAACCUACUAUACCAGAUGAUUCACUGGUACAACUAAGGCAGUUUAGGUUUACUUCAGUUGAAAAAAUUUUUGAUGAAUCAGACGAUUACGUGGUUUCGGUAGAAUUAGAGGUUGGUAUUUAUAACUCAUUCGUUUUAGAUGAAAUUGACCUUGUCUUUACCGAUGGAACACAAAAGACUAUAUCUCGUUCGCCAAACAGUCCUAUAUUUGUAGAUACCAUUGUUUAUACUGCUACUUGGGUCAUGACAGGAACACCAUGUGAUCAAGGAAUUUGCUCUACUCCAUUUGAUAUUGUGGUGCAUGGAAAGAUACCAAGUGAUACUGAGAAUGAGAUGAAUCCCGAGAAUUUCAUUUUCAAACAUGCUUGUCAAUCAGAUGAUAUAGAUAACUUAUCAGGUUAUCUUCCUAUAAUUGUUCUUCCUGAAAAUCAUUGCCAAAUAUCAAUUACAACCACACAUGACUUGCCACAGCCAAUAUCCACCUGUAAUGUUGACCGCACGGUUGAAGACUGGUGUAAAUUUAAUACCAACCUAACCCCAGAUAAACCACUUAGUUAUCUUACAAUCAUCCAUUUUGAAAAGGCACUGGAAAUAGACAAUGCAUACAUUGUUACAGUAGACUUUAUUACACCUAAGUUCUCUGGUUUCUUCCUAGGAAUCACAAUUAAAGACUUUGAAGCCCCUGAAAAUUAUCCUGAGGAAUUGAAAAUUCUUGCAUCUGACAUAGGUGAGCCAAUAAGCGUUAGGAAAAUACAUUAUACUAUCAGUUGGGUAAUGUCAGGUACCGAAUGUCCAGGGGAUCCAAGUAGCAAAUGUAAUAGUCCAUUCACCUUGAUCUUAUAUGGAGAAGAGUGCAAACCGGACUGUAAUGAGAUUGAGUUUACUUACACCAAUCGUUGUUUACAGAACGGUGAUGUUUAUGAUUCUCUGCAAGUGAAAGUACCUGCUGAUUGCCUUGCCAUUGAAACCGUGGAGAAACUUCCUUCAUACCGUUUUUCAACAUUUGAAGUGAAUUCCAUUAAAGCAACGUGUGAGCUGCAAGACUCUGAAAUGCAACCUACUGUUAAGAAGUUCGAGUUUGUGGAUGCUGCUAUAUUGACGGAUAUAGAUAAUGCAUGUCUUGUGACAUUAGAGUUUGAACUUGAUGCUGGUACAUUCGAUGAUUGUAUAGUACAAGAUGUGGUUAUCAAUAACUUGAAAACACCAGGUGACUAUCUAGGAAAUAAAAUUGUAAUAAAGAGCCAGGACAUCCAGUUAUGUGAAGAUAUAUAUCACUUUUUUGUGAAAUGGGUGAUGAAAACAGAGAUCUAUCUGGAAAACCAGUGGUUUUUGAAGUUGAAGUCGACUCCUUUUGAGAUCCAAUACAAGUGUAGAGAUGGUUUAAUGCUGUACACUUACGAACAUAGUUGUCCACAACCUGGAAGUGAAAAUUAUCACUAUCCCCAAGUCUUGUUUGAGAAUAGAAAGAACCAAGAUAAAGAAGAACCAACAAUAUUGAAAAGCAGUAACUCUGACACAUCUGAAGUUGAAAGUACAUCUGAAGUAGAAUCCACAUCUGAAGUAGAAUCCACAUCUGAAGUUGAAAGUACAUCUGAAGUAGAAUCCACAUCUGAAGUAGAAUCCACAUCUGAAGUUGAAAGUACAUCUGAAGUAGAAUCCACAUCUGAAGUUGAAACUACAUCUGAAGUUGAAACCACAUCUGAAGUAGAUGACUUAGACACAAGUAAUAUCACUGAUAUUGAUACGAUAGAAACAAUGGAGAUAGAUGACUUCGAUACAAGUGAAGAAUCAACUACUGAUACCUUGGAUACAAGUAUCACUACUGUGUUAGAAACAACUAUGGAUACAAGAAUAGACAUUUCAGAUACUUGGAGGAGCAUUGCAAAUAACACCAGUACAAAUACCGACUCUUCAAACGUGACUGAAUCUCCUUUGAUGCAAGUAAAUACCAUAAUUGAGACUGCUAUCAAUACCAUUUUCACUACUAUUUGUGAGUUGUCGACUUGCACAAGAAAGGCAGUUGUUGUCUCUACUACCAAAACAUAUUAUCACUCUAUAGUUGCUCAUUCCAAUGAACCUAAUGCAAAGUAUUCAACAUGCACCAGGGAAAAUGGCCAAGUUGAAGUCAUAUAUUCUCCUGGGUCACCAGUUACUUUCGGUUCACAACAAGGACAGCUUCUUUCUUCACAAACAACACGAAAACCUUUCCAGCAUUCAAAUCAACAACUUGAUACUGUAAUAGUUAACGAUGCUAAACAAUAUACCGGUGCUUCAUUUGUUUCUUAUAGCAUUAUUAUAUUGCUUUGCGUUAUUGCAGUAUUAUAA